AUGGAGGAAAUCAGCUAUGUUGGCUCGCAGGCUGUGCGUCAGCCUUUGACGGAUGCCACGAACCGAUUUGUCAACUGCACAACACCAGUAUCAGGACGUCAAGAGUUCUUUGAUGCAGAAGAGGAUCAACUGAAAUCGCCAGACAUGAUGUCUAUCGAUAGUCCGCUAUCGCCGAAAGGGACCGUGGACAUCAACUACAUCACACCAAUUCGAGGGACAGGACCACAGCCGAACUUGAACUCUGGGAGAUCUGUGGCUUCGAUGGCCUCAGGCCAAAUGAAGAGGAAGUCGGGUGUCAAAACACACGUCGGGCCAUGGAAACUCGGGAAAACGCUUGGCCAAGGGGGCAUGGCCCGAGUGAGACUGGCUAAACACGCCAUUACUGGGCAUACUGCGGCCGUCAAGAUUAUAUCAAAGGAAUCAGCAGCAUUGAAACAAAGCACAAGCAUUACGCAGAUGGAGGCAAUUGCGGGACAUUCUGGUGCAACGGGGGCGAGAAGUAUGCCACGCUCUAUUGAGAGAGAGGUGGCUAUCAUGAAGCUGAUCGAACACCCAAACGUGAUCAGCCUUUAUGAUGUGUGGGAGAACCGUGGCGAAUUGUAUUUGGUUCUGGAGUAUGUGGAGGGGGGCGACUUGUUUUCCUACAUCUGGAACAACAGUCCACUCUCCGAAGAGGAAGCUGUUUACAUCUUUCGACAAAUUAUUGCAGGCCUCAGCUACUGCCACCGGUUUACAAUUUGCCAUCGAGAUCUGAAGCCGGAAAACAUUUUGGUGGAUGGGUGCAGAAACGUCAAACUUGCGGAUUUUGGGAUGGCCGUACUUCAGCCAGCCGGUUACCGACUCAAUACAGCCUGUGGGAGUCCUCAUUACGUUGCGCCGGAGAUUGUCCAGGGUGGUGACUACCAGGGUGACCUGGCCGAUACCUGGAGCUGUGGUAUUAUAUUAUAUGUGUUGCUAAUGGGCGAGCUUCCAUUUAAUUCUGACGAUCUUGGAGUAACCCUUAGCAUGGUGAAAGAGGCUCCCAUUGACAUCCCCCCGGAAUUGAGUGAGGAAGCCGCGGAUCUUCUCGAUCGUAUACUCCAAAGAGUGCCUGAGCGAAGGAUUAGAAUGGAUGAAAUGUGGAAUCAUCCUCUCUUGAAGAAAUGGGAAAAGGUUCACCAAUCCAUGUCCGAUCACUACGUCGGCCCUCCACCACCACUUUCUCCAGAGGAUUGUGGGCCACCCUUGCCGAGCGUGCAGAGCCUUGACCAUGAUAUCCUGAGGAAUCUUCAAACCUUGUUUCAUGGAAUGGAUCCUAGGGUACUGUUGAGUUCAUUGUUGAGUCCAGAGCUUUCUUAUGAGCGUAUGUUUUACAAUGCUUUGGUAAAGUUCCGAGACGAGCAACUUGAGAACUAUCAAGGACAACCUCUGGAGUAUUCCGCGAGCGACUAUCACCACAAGUCCCGACUGCCAGGGCGCCUGGGCAAGGAGCGUAAUAUGAAGAGGCGUACAAAACACAGCUCCCUCAGGUAUUCACAUUUGGCCACGAAAGAGUCCAGCAAUAGGCGGCGAAACUCGAUCAAAGAACCAAUGUCUUCUGCCACAGUGGAAAGCUAUGAUCCAUUCCGGUCACCACGCCAGCGCCUUCCCGCAGAUGAGCCCAAGUGUGCGAAGAUUACUGUUCACCGACAGAGCCCUGGAGACAGUCAGAAAGGCCAGACCGAAGAUUCUGGAAAUCCAUCAGAGGCUGUUAGCGAUGAAGAAGCCAAUGAAAAGGCGGAAGUUUGUCUACCCAGCUCACCCUUCGCAGUUUUGAGGGAGAGCAAGCCCAGACCCGGUUCAAUGAAUUCUUUCCACUCGAAGAUGUCCCAAGCGAGCUCUCGACGACCUGGCCAUACUGGACCAGCGCCUCGAUCUGCGAGUUACAAGCGCAAUGUAUCCUUCCACCAUGUGCGCAACCGCUCUCAAGGGUCAGCCUCGGUAAAGAUUAGAAAAACUCCAGCAAAGCAUCCAGAUCGCAAACUGCCCUCUGAAAGCACUCCCAGAUUGCUAGUCGAGUCCAGCCCCUUGAUGGCCAGACAGGGCAGCCCUGCCUUACCAGCUCAGCCCACCGUCGUUCGCCCUUCUGGUGCGACUAUCAAGCCAUGCACUCAAGUGAAGAAAUUGCGGGACUCAGAGUUCAGGUGGAAGGAUGAGGCACGGCAGGUAUCCCACGAGCUUAGCCAAAUUUGCGAAGAGGCCUUCAACGGAGGGUCUUUUUCAACAGCCUGCACUACUAGCACUUCCGCAGGGACAGAAACCCCUGCAACUUCUGUGUCUCUGGUCAGCGCUGAUGACCCGCAGUCUCAGGUUGCUGCCAGCAACCCCAAGGGAACGAACACUACUGGUGUGCCCUUGAAAGCCCAGAACAAAAAUAUCGUUGAAACUCGUCGAAAGAUCAUCGAGCAAUCCACCAAGGAUGACUCCGACAAGAUUCCUGGCUACAUUUCCAAUGUCAUCCAGCAGUUGGAUCGUUUGAUUGAUGAAGAUAAGUCAAACCAGGAGAAUUCGGUGAAGCUCAACGAGAGAGCACGGCCCUUGCCUGACCCUUCGCAAUCCUUGGACCCUGGCUAUCUUCCCAUAAUCAGCGAAGAACUUGUUUCGCCUUAUGGAAGCGGAAACGAUAUCACCGCCAAACAGCUAGAACAAAGGGCUGCUUCUCAGGCUGCCACGGCAAGCAAUGAUCGUGAUAGUAAGACCACGGUACGAAUGGUGCCUCAUGAUUCAUUGCGAUCAUUGGAAGCCAUAAAGCCUUUGACUAUCCGCAAGAAACACCAGAAUUCGUCUCCAACAAAGAAAUUUCAAGACACGAAGAAGGAAUACAAGGCAGAGACCAACCAUAGCGAAGGAUAUUCCAAUCGGUUUUUCUCUGGUAGCUCUAGACAGAGUUACCCUUGUGAGUUGGAUCCCAUUGAUGAGCAUCCGGGAUCACCGAAACGCAGGGGAACCAGAACUUCAGACAAGAAGUGGUCAUGGUUCCGACACAGAUCGCAGAUUCCUGGAAACAUGUCGCCAAUAGAAGCCAGUCAAGUCAAACCCAUUCAACCUAGUUCAGGCACAGUCAUCGUCCACGAUGUCAAGCAUGAAGUCCCUCCACCCCAUCAAAAUACGGGCACUACAAACCGGAAAUCCUCCUCAGAAAAACUCAAAGGAGGCUUGAGGAAGAUUAUGAAGAGAAGACCGAGUGUAACUGUUCAUGAAGAACCAACAGAACCAAACUUCGGUGACAACAAUUAUCUAUCAACAGAUGCAUUGGAUAGCAAUCCAAUCAUUGACACAAAGAAGAAUCUCCAAAAGCCCUUGCCACCUCGCCCACGAUAUGAUGGCAAGAAUCAAAAUCUUUUUGCUAGGGUAUUUCAAAUCAAGCCUGCCAGUCAGGUAUUAGCAUUGAAUGCUUCGAAGACCGAAGGCCGACAAGAUGUCUACGACAUACUAUGCGGCUGGAAGAAGUUCGGAAUGAAGAAAGUGUGUAUGGAAAAAGGAAACAACUUCAUCUAUGGGAAGGUUGGAAAAAAUAACAGCCUCCAUCUUCGGCCUGUUGAAUUCUCUGCGGAAUUCUGCACCUACCUUGCCAAGGGUCACCAGGCCAAUUUGAGUCUCGUUCGCUUAAGGCAGGAACGGGGUGCCGCUUCGUCAUUCUACAAAGUUGUCGAGGCGCUGUCGAAUGAGUUGACUAGGCGCGGCAUUCUGGUCGAAGAUCCUGCCCGCGCACAGGAAAUGAUGGCGCAAGUUCUGGGUGCCUUCGCCAACUAA